CCUCCCCAACCACUCCAUCACGCCAUGGCAUGACAACCAAACGAUCCCGCAGCCUUUCGAGUGCUGCUGCAGAUAGCAAUGCUCCACAGAAUGGCAUUGCCUCUCUCCUCUCACCAAAGGCACAAGGCAAGCGGCGGGUCACCACUUCCUCCCCUCCACCUCACGUAGGUGCCCCACCGAACCGCCUCAUCAUCGCCAUCGACCUAGACAGCUUCUACGUCUCUGCGUCACGCCUGCUCGAUCCGUCUCUCAUCGGCCAGCCAGUCGGCGUCAAGCAAAAGGGACUUCUUGCCACUUGCUCUUACGAAGCUCGUGCCCUAGGCGUUCGCAAAUUAAGCACGGUCCGAGAUGCUUUGCGACGCUGCCCGGCAUUGAUACUUGUGGAUGGCGAGGAUCUUACCUGGUAUAGGCGCCUCUCAGCGAAGGUGUGGCGCCUAGUCAGAGGUGUUGUCGGGCCCUGGGACGGCAAGGUAGAAAAGCUUGGGCUGGACGAGUUGUUCGUUGAUGUGACGGAGAUGGUUGAUGCGCAUAUAAGGGGGAGAGAGGAGGGGAAGACAAGAGAGGAUGCGGGGAGAGUCUUCUUCCAGGUGGCGCCCGACAGUGAACCUGAGGCAGGUUUCUGGUACGAUACUCUGGGAAAGCCGAUAGGACACGUCCUGCCUCUCGAUAGCCACGCCUCUUCCUCGGAAGACACUCCCUCCUCCACCUAUCGGUCCCGCCUCAUCCUCACCACCCACCUCGCCCUGCACCUCCGCAACCUCAUCCACUCUCAAAUCGGUCUGACAACAUCAGCAGGCAUAGCUCACAACAAAGUCCUUGCCAAGCUAGUCUCUUCGCGCCAUAAGCCAGCAAAGCAGACCCUCUUCCUACCCAGGAGCGCAGAGGACGUGGUGCGCUUCCUGGACGAUGAGGCGGACGUGAGGGCGAUCAUGGGCUUUGGAGGGGCGAUUGUCUCCAAGAUGAGGGAGAGUCUUGGCGCUACAUCGAGUGAAGCUGCGGCGAAUGACGACGCCUCACCGCCGCUCAGCGUCUCCCUAGCGCGGAAAGCUUUCCCUCUUGCGCAUCUCACCACCCUCUUUGGCCCCCGGCUCGGUAUAAGGCUUCACGGACUGCUUCGUGGUCUAGACGAUGAAGAAGUGGCCCCGACCCCGCUCUAUCCGCUGCAAAUCAGCAUAGAGGAUACAUACCGCGGGCUCAAGGGGCAGGAAGUUGUUGCAGAGCAGAUGAGACUGCUCGCGGCAAGUCUGUUGAGAAGGUUAGAGGGGGAGCUGAUGGGGAGUGGUGCGGGCAUGCUUAGCAGCGAGCCAGGCAAAGCGGAGCAGAUGGAAAAGCAGGACGACCGUGGCAAGUGGCAACGCCACGACAUGCCACUCUUCCUUCCCGGAGAGCAGGGUAACAUCACGGGCAAGGAAGCGCCCAUCAGCGAUCAAAAGGUCAUCGUGCGUUGCUACCGUGAAAGAGAGAGCGACCCAAGCGAGUCGUCCACAUGGCAGCGCUACCCACUCACUGUGCGGCUCUCCAUCCGGCAUGGCUGGGGCAAGCGAACCUCACGUUCGACGGCUAUGCCACUCGACAUUUUUGAUGUGCGCACGCUGAGCAGGAGGGAAAGGGCGGAGCGACUGGCCGGCGUCUUGAUGGGGCUACUCCUCCGCGGUGGUCCUGGGCAAGGGCAAGGGCAAGGCCAGAUCUCAGGCGAGGCAUUGCUGGGUGGUGAGGGACUCAAUCUAAUCAACAUCGCUGCACUGAAUCUCGCCACAAGGAGACCUGCUGCCCAGCCGCUGCGGACCUUCUUUGACGCCGGCGGAGGAGGAGCAGCACGGCAGAAGCGGGACUCGGUGGACAUGGAGACACUACUGCAGCUGCCGGAGGACAUCAGGAGAGAGGUCGCGGCGCAGUACGGGAUCGUGUUGGAGGAGCAGGAGGCUGUAGUUGGUGCAGAACAGGAAAGUAGGCUUGACACAGGCUGCGAAGAGGACGAAGACGACGCACUUUGGGACGACUUACCUCCCAUCCCGGCAAUGGAUCCUUCGUCACCCGCCAACAUCGCGUCAUCGUCUCUCGUCUGCUCGCACUGCGGUGUGGCUGAAGCACCCUGGCUGCAGCACGACCAUGCUCGCUGGCCUAUCUAUGGCGUGCCGGCCGUGCUCCUUGGUUCAGCGACAGCGAGCGAAGGCAGCGGCGCAUAGACUUGAUACCAUUCGCUUCAUUGACAUUGUCAUCUCUACAAUCUGUAACAACAUUAGUCACUCUUCUCUUUCCUAUGACCAAGCGUGCUUUCUACUCUAGUCUCUUUUGACUUGCGGGACCCCUCCUCUCACAGCAACACCUCCCCAAGUGCGCUCCUGAUCAAACUGCACCCAACUGCCACCGUAGCCUUGGCGUCCUCCUCUCUCUUCGCUCCCAGAUCGGGAUUGACCUCUACAAGGUCCAUCGCCACGAGACUGCCCGUC